AUCACCAACUUCUAGAACUAGGAGUUGGUAGUAGUCAUAAAUCAGUUAACGAGGGAGUAGCAUCAUCUUCCCUCAUCGUCCUAAUGUCAUCCUUCAAAGUGUAGGCUAUGGCCAUGCCAUACAUAUAGAGGUGUAUUGAACUACUCUGUUUUCAGCCUCUGCAUGACUAUGGCACCAAAAGAGGCGCCAGCCAGAAUGUUUAGAAGAACGCUACCGCUGCUGCCCCUUCUGCUGGUCUUUAUCGCAGCUGUGCAGAGCUAUGGAGCUGCCGGACAAGCUACAUCAGCGCGGCCAGGUUCCCGCCUGCCCGCCUCGUUGGCCCCCGACGUCGCGUACUUCGAUGCCGGCGAAGCGAGCUCGCUGGUGGUGGACCCCAGCACCGGCCGCGUCUCGGAGCAGCGGGACCUGCUGGCCACUGCCCAGUCGCCGCGGCCUGCCCUGAAGUGGCAGGGCAACUGUCGCUACCAGGGCGGGCCGGCCGGGGCAAACGGCAGCGUGUACAUGGACGGGUGGACCUGCCACGCCAAGCUGAGCGCGCCGCUGUGCAACGGCACCUGCCUGAAGGGCGCUUACACAAUUGUGGUGGUGGUCGAGUAUGGCAGCGUCUACCAGAGCUCAAUCCUAUCAGCCUUGGAGCCCUCCAGCAACCCCAGCAAGCGGAUGGUGUGGCGCGACAGCGAACUCCUUCUGCGGACCAUCCCGGAUGGCGGGUUCUUUGUGGGCGACUCCUAUGACCCCUCAAGUGCAGUUUACAACGCUACGCCUGAGGCUCGCGCCAAGACCGUUCUGCAAGCCACAACCUUCAUCUCUGACUGGACAGUGCAGGCGCUGGCAGUUCAGCCGUCAUCAGGCAAGAAGGGGGGCAAAGCCACUUGGAUGAGGCAGCCGCUGGGGCUCGGCGAGAAGUCCGCUACUGUGGCUUCUGGCCGCGCCCCUGGGCUCUUCGCUCCGGUCGGAUCUGACUUCGUGAUCGGAUGCGACUACAUGGAGACCAUGCCAGAUAAUGCCGGAACUUCAAACGCGACCAACGCCGGGCUGCCCAUCACCUACCGCUGUGACCCCCGGUACUAUAAGCUUCGUGGUCGCCUUGUGGCUGUACUUGUGUAUAGCAAGGCGCUCAAGGAGGCGCAGGUUGCCCGCAUUUCCACAUUCUACAGUCCACGAUGGGUUCCGGCCAGCCCUCCUCCCCCUCUCAUGAAGAGCCCGCCCCCGAAGCCUGUUCGUGGCCUGCCCUCUGACCUACUGCCUGACGUCGCCUUCUUUGACGCCGGUGACCGGGCCUCCCUGACCAUCACAAGCAGCCAGGUUACAGCUCAGCGUGACAUCCUGGCAACCCCAGAGGUCCCCCGGCCAUCGCUGACCUGGAGCGGUGACUGCCGGUGGGACUCCGCUGCGGGUGGCAGUGUGGUCCUGGACGGCAAGAGCUGCUUUGCCAUCCUGGAUACAAAGGCGCGCCUGUGCGACUGGGACCGCGUCGACGGUGGCUACACCGUAGUGUUGGUAGCACAGCUGGGACCCUCACAGCAAGAGCGGGUCGCGCUUCUGACAAGCAGAGGCUACGAACAGCAGUCCUUCUGGAACGCCGAGCGUAUGCUGGCUUGGCGUCCCAAUGGAAUUCUGACACGAGAGAUUGUCACCUUUGUGGAUCCUGUCAACGACAAUCCAAAUGACGAGUACGACCAACUUCGGUUUCCCGACGCUAAGGCGAACUCCACCUUCUCCUUCACCCGGGUGCCCGCACGUACCUGGACACUGGAGGCGCUUGUGGGGCAGCCGAACUACCUCAACGCACUGAAUGGCACGGCCCGCUACUACCGUGGUGGUCCCGAUGACAGCGCGGGCGCGCGCGUCCUGUACUCCGGACGUGCGCCGCUCAUCAGGGCGCCUUCAGGCGCUGACUUUGCGCUGGGGUGCGAUUACAUGAAGUUCGACAUUCCAGACGAGGACUACAGCAACUACGAGUACCGGUGUGAUACGAAGUCCUACCUUCAGGGCAGGCUGGCGGCUGUGUUGGUAUACAGCCGUCAGCUGUCCGCUGCUGACGUGUCGCGCCUGCUCACCUACUACCGCACGACACGCUGGCUGGCUGCCGGCACCCCGCCCUCCCCUCCUCCCCCUCCACCCCUGCCACCUUCACCCCCGAGCACUGGCCUGCCGGCUGCGCUUAUGCCCGACCUGGCCUACUUUGAUGCCUCCGCCGCCACCGCCGGCCGCCUGGUAGUGCCGCAGCCUGGUGGCAAGGUGGCGACAGGCGGCGGCGUGCGCGCCCUGCGCGACGUCCUGAACCCUGGGCAGCAGCGCCUGGACUGGUUCGGCGACUGCCGCUAUGACGCCACUUCCGGCGGAGGCUCCAUUGUGCUUGACGGCUCCAGCUGCUACGCGCAGCUGAACACCAACCUGUGCGCGGAGUGGCAGCUGAUGUUGAACAGAAACGGCGGAGUGAAUCUGACCUUCACGCUGGUGGUGGUUCUGGAGUUGGAUAACACCCGCCUGCCGCCGCCGCCCAAGCCGCCUUUGGCGCCCUCCGUAAAUGGUGACCACGAAAUCGCCGAGCUGGACACGGGUGGUAUGGGCAUCAUGUCGUACGGCAUGCAGGACGGCGCCUAUUACUACUUUGGGAAUCCCUCGAUGCACUGGUCCACCAAGGCCACGUACAUGACGAUGGACGGCAGUGAAGACUACAAUAAUGUAGACUUUAGGAGGAAUUCUCCUGCGCCCGUGCCCCGCGGCGUGUGGAGCAUGGAAGCCAUCAGCUCGUAUGUGUACGAUGUACCAGAUGUCAACACUUAUGGAUACAAUGAGGUCGAACAAGGCUACACCUACUUCCGGGGCACUUCAGCCCAGGCCGCGGGCACCUUACUCGCGGUGGACGAUGACUUGUACAACUUCCCGCCGCCUGACGGCACUGAGUUCCGCAUCGGCUGCACAUGGCGGGACUCGGACCUCAACUACGACUGCCAGCCCGGCUCCCACCUGCGCGGCCGGCUGUCGGCGGUGCUCGUUUACAGCAGGGCCCUGGAGAAGAAGGAGCUGCAGCGGCUGCAUGCGUACUAUAGUGGCAGGUGGAGCGCUGCCGGAAAGGGCAGGUAAUGAAAGGCAGACAUGCUGGGUACCGUACGUUUAGAUGGCGGACUUGAUGUAAACGCGCAUGCCAUACUUAUUGGCUACGCGCAUUGUGUGACUCUCAUGUUUCGAUGGUUGCCUUUAUGCCAACAAGACUUCUCCCAAAUCGUCAAGUGAACGCUUUCCGGGUGGAGCAACUUAGGCCAGGACCGGCAGCGUGGCGGCACACUGUGACUAGCCCCUCUCGGACACGACGUCCGUGCUUUCUUCCGCCCGGCCCUGACAUUCAUUGAGGCCUAUCUGGUUUGGAGCUUUCAGGGCUAUUCAUUAAGAGCAACCACUAAUGCAGGACAAGAGCAUUUGCGUAGGAUGAGCGCAGUGCAGCGGCACUUUACAGUGUUCCCGAAGCGGGCCGGCGUUUCUUAUAGCUUAGUCUUUGCACGAUGCAUGUCGUUAUUUUGUACUCUUUACGCGUGUUUACGGUAUUUAGGUAGGCAGACAGACCCACGCGCGGCGUUGGGGUGGCUGCAGGUGGAGUUAACGCAAAGAAUGUCAAUUUGCGAAUGUAUCGUGCUCGGUGUGGAUUAUGGCAUUUGGGCCCCGGUGGUCUCCAUAUUGCAGGCUGCACCCACCAUCAAAGAAUGUGGUUGGUAGUUGCCCAAAAGCACUUCAGGGCUGACCACGCGGGCCUGAGCUAUUGCCACAAAAGCCUAGCCACAAGCAAACAGGCCUCCAGUCAGCUGACCUGCUGACCCCCACUGCCUUACGACACACGCGCUCAAGUGAGCCUUCUGUCUGAUUCGAGCUUCAAGUAGGUCGUAAGCCAAGCACGGCGCACGGUCGCCCCUAGAGGUUUCUGUGUUGGAUUGUGCUGCGUGCCGCAGCCCCAGUGCGUUACCUGUAGUUGUUGAGUCAUACUACCAGUACUGCCGGUACACGGUCUUCCCGUCCCUUUCGGUGUCCUCUCUCUGAUGCCCAGUCAGCGUUUUGAACAGCAAGUAAGCCAGCCUUGGCUGUUGACACAGCCGCUGUCAGCAUCAAGUCAGGGAGCGUGUUGCUCGCUGGGAUGUUCUUGUUUCAGGGUUGGGUCGUUCCCCGCCGAGCAUUCGUAUAUAUAGUAGCUUGCUCUCUAUGUAACAAGUUAUGCAC